UUGAUGGGCGAUAGGAGGAGACUGUUUCCUGCCUUCCGCAUUUCCUCCAGUCCGCUCCACCACCCCGGUGCUCGUCUGUGCGUCCUCCACCUCUCCCUCUUCUCUUCUGCAUGGAGACAAUAUAAUUCAGCUGAACAACACUGUGCCACCGUCUCGACUCCGCCACAAACCACGCAGCAACAUCCCGGAGUACCGUCAAUCGACUGCCUCAUCCAUGCAUUGGAGUCCCGGGCUGCAGCGCUCCGGCUCCGGCCAUGUCGGCCUGGAAUACAGCGGCUGGCGGCGGUGACAGAUCGGGAGGCGAACCGGCAGAAGAGGUGCUGGUUGAAAAAAACCAAAGUGGUUCUGUCGCGUUGCCUAGCGCGAUGACCCAAUCCUCAGCUGUUGGUUUGUCCUUUGGCAUGGAGAUGCCUCGGAAGCGCAAGGGCAGCAUGGACAACCAGGAUACAAAAUCUGUUUCUAUGGAUAUGGAUAUAGAAGAUAUGGAAGAUGAUCAAAACGGGUCAGAUGGAGAGGACCGACAUGCAAAAAUGAAAUGCUUUAGGGAGCCGCACAGCCAAAUUGAGAAGAGGAGACGGGACAAAAUGAACAAUCUCAUUGACAAACUGUCAGCCAUGAUCCCAACUUGUAACCCCAUGUCCCGUAAACUGGACAAACUCACUGUGCUCAGAAUGGCAGUGCAGCACCUCAAAUCUCUCAAAGGUUCAGCAAGUUCUUUUUCUGAAGCCAGCUACAAGCCCUCAUUCCUCCCCGACGAGGAGCUUAAACACCUUGUCCUCAAGGCUGCCGAUGGGUUCCUGUUUGUAGUGGGCUGUGAUCGUGGGAAAAUAGUUUUUGUCUCAGAGUCCGUCACGGAGAUGUUAAAUUAUAGUCGGGUGGAGCUGAUUGGACAGAACCUGUUUGAUUACAUACACCCAAAGGACAUGGAAAAAGUGAAGGAGCAGCUUUCAGCUUCUGAAUUGUACCCUCGUGAACGCCUGAUAGAUGCUAAAACGGGCCUGCAGGUCCAAGCGGACCUCCCAGUCGGUGCAGUGCGGCUGUGUUCAGGCGCACGCCGCUCAUUCUUCUGCCGCAUGAAGUACAACAAGAUUUCCGUCAAAGUGGAGGAGAAGGAAUUCCAAGCCAGCACCUCCAAAAAGAAAGAGUCGCAGAAGUACUGCACGGUCCACUGCACAGGCUACAUGCGCAGCUGGCCUACCAGUAAUUUCGGAGCAGAGGGGGAGGGCGAGGCAGACAAGCAGGAUAGCUCCCACUUCAGCUGCCUGGUGGCGAUGGGACGUGUCCACUCCCACUCAUCUCCCCAGGUUAAUGGAGAAGUCCGCAUUAAGCCCACGGAGUUCUUCACACGUUUUGCCAUGGAUGGCAAAUUCACCUUUGUCGAUCAAAGAGCCACAACCAUUCUUGGUUAUCUUCCCCAAGAAUUGCUUGGGACAUCAUGCUAUGAGUACUUCCAUCAAGACGACUUACCACAUUUAGCUGACAGGCAUCGAAAAGUGCUGCGGAGUAAAGACAAAAUAGAGACAAACUGCUAUAAGUUCAAAACUAAAGAUGGCUCCUUCGUCACUCUGCAAAGUCAGUGGUUUAGUUUUGUAAAUCCCUGGACCAAAGAAGUAGAAUACAUUGUUUCAACUAACACGGUUAUAUCGUAUGAUCAUAGUCAAACCAGUCAGUCCGGAAACAAGUCUGAAGCGUUGAGCUAUUACAAGAUUUCUGACGAAGAUGGCAAGAAGUCCUUUCCAGUUAUACCAGGCAUCUCCACCACACCUGGAGCUAUGAUUUAUGCUGGAAGCAUCGGGACCCAGAUUGCCAAUGAGCUGCUGGAUUACAACAGGAUGAACUCAUCGCCUUCCAGUGGUAGCGUCAGCCCGUUCAUUCUACCACGCGAUAAGUGUCCGCAAACUCACAAUCAAGUCACCAACGAUGUGCCAAAUGGAGAGGCAACAGACAUGGAGAUACCUGGAAAGUCCAGCUCAGAGGAUGAGCCCCAGGGAGCUGCAUUCUCAGGGGCAGAAUCACUCAUGGAGGAGAACACCCGGCUGGAUUUGGACAACGUGGUUGGACCGGGCCUUAGUAGCCUUAGCAAUGACGAAGCAGCCAUGGCAGUGUUCAUGAGCCUCCUGGAGACAGACACAAACAUGGGCGAGGCUGUGGACUUCGAAGAGAUGCACUGGUCUUUAUAGAAUCUGCUCUUACAGCGUGAGGCUGUAGCACUCCGAAAAACAAUGGACCAUCAUUUUUGUGAUGAGAACUGCAUGAAUGCUUUUCUCUGAGACAGCAUUCCUUUUUGUCGAUGGACUUUUUUUAUUUAUAAGUUAUCUUUUUCCACAUAAGCUGUGUAGUAAUAAGUCUUCUUGUGGUUGCUCUAACAGAGAGUGGGAUCAACAUCAAAAAGAAACACCUUGUUGUUGGAAGGAGGAUUUGCCUCUAAAGCUUUACAGCGGUUUGCCUGCCCUGAAACGCUGUUGUUCACUGUUCUCCUCAAACCUACUUUCAUCCUCUGUUUAACUGGGGAGGCCUCACAAGGUUGAAGAACCCAGGAACACAAAUUACAGCGGCAUGAUCUUGGCUCGGGAAUCUCCCAUCCACCUACAUUUUAACAGAGGUUAGGAGUGAUGAUGCAAAAAAAACCACAACUGCACUGAAUCGAUUUCAUGUUCAUUUUAAAAGCUUGUAUUUUGAUAAAGUACUAUAUGUGUAAUCAAAAUGUGAGGAAGACAACUUUACAACCUGGCCAAUCUCUGUGACCCCUCAGGAUCCAAGCCGUUGGUAGCCAGUGUGAACCACGGCAGACCACACUUCCAUAACCUCUAACUUUGAGUCACCCUAAUGGUGUGCCGCUCAGAGAUUUCUCUUGUCAGUAUCUGAACAUUCUCCAUGAAAACAAUCCAGAAACCUCCUCUCCUGAACACUGACUUGAACAAAAUGUAUAUGUGUGGAUUUGGUAUAGUUGCAAAGACCAUGUCUUCAAACCAUAUCUGUCUUAAAGGGAUAGUUUAUGUGGAAAGAAUAUUUUAGUACGUACACUUGUAUAGCCAACUUAAUGGAUUUGUCCUAGCUCUAUACAUUAUAUAUUUCUUGGCAGAGAUGAUCCACCUAGAUACAUUUGUCAGAGAGCAGCCACUUUUGAUGGUUGACCAUUCAUGAAUUGAUAUGGCUUUCUAACCACUACAGUACUACAUGCAAAGUGAUAAUUUAGAGGUGCUAUAAUGGAGGUUUGGAAUCAAACCCCUUUCACAUUUGUGUCAUUUUAUUGUUUGAGGUUGAUCUCUGAGUCCGAUGGUAGAAGUUGUUACUCAGGGACUGAUGGAAACAGAGCUGCCCCGUUUAAACCUAACUAGCAGUAUUUUGUCCUCCAGUUUAAAGUUUUACAUACUUCCCUUGAACUGUACAUUGAAAUAAUCUGUACUUGUUCACCUGCGCGUCGGUGUUUUUACACUUAUUGUCAACUUUAUAAUCUUACAGCUAAGCCAUAACUUUAGCCGGGUUUUUUUCUUCAUAUUAUGCACUGACAAUUUUCAAUACCACAUGGGGAUUUUUAUUUGCUUGUCACAAUGUUGUCCUGCAUACUUGGUUGAGUCACUUAGUUGUGUUGAUCCCUUUUGCAAUUUACCUCAUGCAGAGUUUUCUUUUGCUCAUUAUUACAAUUGCACAUCUUGGAUUUUACCAACAAAACAUUGACAGCCAUAGUGUCAUGAUUAAUGUUAGCGACCCAUUGUUAAGAAUCAGGUGGUUGCCACAUGGCCUAAUGGGUGGAUAUAAGGUGCAAAUGUAGAAUUACCCAAGUAUGUCAAAUUAUUUUCACAUCAACACUGCUGAUACCAAACAAUAUGAACAUUAAAUACAUAGUCUCAGUUCAAGAAAACAUAUUAUUGGCUUGUUUAAAAAAUGUAAGCACUUUGGCACACUUCAUCUGUUAUGAAAAUAAAAUGAGAACAUACUGAAAUGAAGUUACAUGUUAUCAGUUGGCACAUAAGCUAUGGGAUUAUUUUAUACCCUUUUGACUGUUUGUUACAUUGAUCGCAUUUCUUUCAGCUUAAUUUUGAGAUUUUGUAAAAAGUAGUUAGAUCCCUUAUCUUUGUCUUACCCUUUGUUAUCUGUACCUUAACCAAUCAGUCAAAAUAUCUGUGGUUGUAUCGCUACCCAAAUAUAUAAUACAUGGAACUGUGUAGCUUUCAUGCCAUCAUUCAUAUUGGUGUCUCGGGCCACGAUUUAAAGUCACCUCUGGAGGUCUGUUAAGGCUUUUCCAACAAGAACCCUUGAAGACAUUGUAGAAUACUGUCUUCUUUAACCAAUGCUUGAACAAUGAGCCAGUGGAUGGAGCAGCUGAGCUCACAAGGACCCUCCUGCCUGUGUCCAAAGUGCCUUUGGACAUGUCUGCUCGGACACUCAAUAAAAAUGUGUUGCUUAUAGAGACCGCCUCGCACCUCGCAACCUUCACAGAUUGAAAAGAGGGCUUAAAUGUAUCAUUGGAUUAACUUGAAGCAUACUGUGCACAUCAUGAAUGAAGCAGAAGCCUGUUCACAGAUAAAACAGGAAUUGUAUCGUUCAUGUUGGCUUCAGCACUCGCUCACUACCUAACCAAACAAGCAGAGCCAUGGAGUCGUGCCAUAGAGACAGGCUGGUCUUUUUAAUGGAAACAAGUCCAUUUUGUAUUAUUUUAUUUGUCUCAGUUCCUCUUGUUCAAUCAUUGUACUCUUGUAGCUGUAGUUUCCCCCUGAAAUCUAAAGCCUUGCUUCCAAUUCAGCUUAUUUGGAGGUGACUGAGUGAUAAACCUUGCUGAGAGGUUACAUAUUUAUCCCUUUUGUUGUGAGAAAGGUAACAUUAUGUUUUGAUUUGAUGCCCGGCUUUGUCACUAGUUGCAUGACACUUUUCUACAAUUUAUUAUAAGUUGUAUCAUUAGACAUGGAAAGUUGAAACAGACUGAUGACACAGCACACUAUUGCUGUACAGGAGGAAGAACAUUAAUCUUAAAUUAGGCUGUUGGCAGCUUGUUACUGCCACUCUAUAAAUUAAUUCUUGUUUGAUUGUUGUGCCCCAGAGGAAGCUCUUACUGUAUAUGUCUAUUGCUGCUAUGCUAUUAACAUGUCUGGACUUGGUUGUUGUCAUCUAGUUAAUAAAUAUUAGU